AUGGAGCAUUGUGACAGCCGAGACUCAAUGACCGGGCUGCCUUUUGACGAACACCCGACUUAUGAUCCGCAAUAUGUCGACCAUGUCUCCGCUGGGCGACGAGCACCGAGCAGCCCUCUGUCCUUGACUACGGGGACGGGUUAUAGCAUAUACAAGUCCACGAUCAUUCCUGCAAUCACAUCCGCGCGGAUGGAAGUCAUUGUGGUGACCUGCUUCUGGGCACCAUCAGUGACACGCGACGCAAUAAAUGAAGCCCUCAUUCAGCUCUCAAAGAAGGCUCUCGAGGCUUCGUGCAAAAUAUCUGUACAGAUCUGUUUUUCCUCAUCAUCACUUGCUCGAAACAUGUUAUGGCCGACGCUAAAAGAGGGACAAAUCUUCCCGCCAACGGCCUGGAAAAAGCUUGGUCUACCUAGAGCCGACGAACUCGAAGGUUUGGACGUAAAAGUUGUUCGCAAGUUUUUCUGGCCUCUCGGCAUCAUUCAUUCCAAGUACGUUGUUGUCGACCGGAAGCUGGCCAUACUACCUUCAUGCAACGUCUCGUGGGAGCGCUGGUACGAGGUCGCAGUCACGCUGACGGGGCCUGUCGUCGAGCACUUGGUCGCUUUUCAUACCUGUUUCUGGGGUCCCGAACAAUCACUACCUGCGACACGCUCCGCGACGGAAGUCGAUAUCAGGUCUACUGUCGAGCUCUCGGGUGCACCUCGGCAACCUGGAUAUUCUCCUGGUAUGCUCGAGACCGGUCCUGUCGAGACCACGCUGUUACCUUCUCCCCAUGGCUCUGGGCUCCUUCCCUUUUGGCUCCAUCCUCGAGCCCUUGCCAGCCAAUGCCCCUGCAUUCCCAGCACCGCUCCUGGCUUCCGUCCGACACCUUUGUCGAGCACAACGUAUCACCUCCUGAAUACCGCCAAGUCCAGCAUCAUCAUGCUUACACCAAAUCUGACCGAGCCUGCAGUUCUUGAAGCUAUUUAUCAGGCCCUUCUGCGGGGCGUUCAUGUUUGCAUAUGGACGAACCGCACCCUGAUGACCACCGAGCAGUUGGUGACCGCGGGUACUACGACUACAGCCUGUAUCAGUAAUUUGAAGCGACGCACACGCAAUAUGCAGGCUUCCUUGGAAGUUUACUUCUUUGAUGAUGGUUCCGGCACGCAGGAGGUUCCACUUGCCGAUCGCGAGGUGACGCCUGUCAAGUUGCAUGCGAAAGUGACCAUUGUAGACAACGAGUUGCUGUUGCUAGGAAGUGGCAACAUGGAUGCUGCGAGUUGGAGGACCAGCCAGGAGUUGGGUAUUCUUAUCGAGAACAAACAGCUUGUUGAGGAAUUCAAGAUGCAGUGGAAGUAUGGAAGGCUUUGA